AUGUUGUAGGUGUAUUGUUAACAACACCAAAAAAUCAAAAAAGUUGUUCAUUAUGUAAAAAUGACAAUGUUAGAAUGUUAGGUUUUAACAAACAUACACAUAUUGAUAUUGGUCGACAUAAGAGAAAAUGA